UUAGUGCUCCCAGGGGGAACAUGGGCCUGGAUGCUGCCCGGACAAACUAAAGUACACCGGGGGAAUCUACAUGGCCGACUGACCAACCCUGACUCUUGGAGGACAAGCUGAUGGAUGUAACCGUUUUUUUGUAUGUACAGAUCUGACUACUAUCUUCUCAUUGAAGACAAAAAGACAAGGCUUUGAAUCAUCGCACAAUGAGCAGUACAUUCCAGCCCUCUGCAGGGGAAAGAGUCUGUGUGUCUUUGUAUUUUUGUGGUUGGCUGUGUCUCUCCUGACUGGGAAUAUCAUAAGAUUAUAAACAGGAGGUGGCUCCGACAUCUUAUCCCUGUUCCACUCAUCCAUCACAGCUCCCACCAUCAGCAAAGCAAACGGACCAGAGAUCUGAGAAAAGGUCUGGAGAGGACAUUACCCAAUAUACUUUAAAGACCACUGGGUGCAGGUGGCUGAUCCCUGAGCUUUCUUAUCAUUUCGGUGAGGAAGAAAAGGCUGGCAGCUCAUAGAUAGCCUUUGGCGAGACGGACAGGUGUUUUUUUGGCUGUCAGCCUCUCUGGGAGGGACCGUCAGUGAAAGGAAAGGCCUCGCUGGGGGGCUCUGCUGGAGGGGAAACUCUUUUCCACGGGCUAUGUUUGGAUGUGAUGCUUGUCUCUGUGGAUGCAACAUGGCCUGAUUACACAGCCCUGGUAUUCAGAUAGUGCUGGUGGGAAGGGAUAAUGCAUAUCCUUCCCUGCCCUGAACAAGAAGCCACCAUGAGCAACGUCACGGUCACCGACAACACUGAGCCCAUCAGCCGCAACAUGAGUCCGGCAAGCCCUAGCCCGUAUCCCUAUCCUGUCAGUUUCCAGGUCUCCCUGACUUGCUUCCUAAUGCUGGAAAUCCUCCUGGGAAUGAGCUCCAACCUCACUGUGCUUGUCCUUUACUGUAUGAAGUCCAACCUCAUUAGCUCUGUCAGUAACAUCGUCACUAUGAACCUCCAUGUGUUGGAUGUGCUCAUUUGUGUGGGCUGCAUCCCCCUCACUAUUGUGGUGGUGUUGCUCUCCCUGGAGGGAGACACUGCACUCGUGUGCUGCUUCCAUGAAGCCUGCGUCUCCUUCGCUAGCGUCGCUACUGCCGCUAAUGUGCUUGCCAUCACCCUCGAUCGCUACGACAUCUCGGUCAAACCAGCCAACCGGGUGCUGACCAUGGGCCGUGCCCUGACCUUGCUGUCUGCCAUUUGGGUGCUAUCCUUUGUCAGUUUCCUGGUACCCUUUAUUGAGGUGGGCUUCUUUGCCCAGGGUCAUGCUGAUCUGAACCAGACAGUGGUGGAUAAUGUGGUCCACACGAACCAGUACUACACAGAACUUGGCCUCUAUUACCAUCUGCUUGCUCAGAUUCCUAUUUUCUUCUUCACUGCCAUUGUCAUGCUCAUCACCUACUCAAAGAUCCUGCAGGCACUCAACAUUCGCAUUGGCACGCGUUUCCACGCUUCACAGAAGAAGAAGGCUCGCAGGAAAAAAAGUCCAUCCGUGACAGCCAUGACAACACAGCACGAGGCCACAGAUGCAUCCCAGAGCAGUGGAAGCCGCAUGCCCACACUGGGAAUGCGUACCUCUGUCUCCGUCAUCAUCGCCUUGCGCAGGGCUGUUAAGCGCCACAGAGAAAGGCGAGAGCGCCAGAAGAGGGUGUUCAGGAUGUCCCUCCUGAUUGUGUCUACCUUCAUGCUGUGCUGGACGCCCAUCACAGUGCUCAACACAGUCAUCCUGAGUGUGGGCCCCAGUGACCUAAUGGUCAAGUUGAGACUGGGCUUCCUGGUCAUGGCUUAUGGGACCACUAUCUUUCACCCUCUGCUCUAUGCCUUCACGAGGCAGAAGUUCCAGAAAGUCUUAAAAAGCAAGAUGAAGAAGCGAGUGGUGUCAAUCAUCGAGGCAGAUCCUACCCCUAACAAUACCAUUAUCCACAACUCCUGGAUCGACCCAAAGAGGAACAAAAAGGUGACAUUUGAGGACAAAGACACCCGACAGAAAUGUCUGUCUUCUGAGGUCGUGGGGUGAAGGAACUCGUUGUCUUUACAGUAUACAGUCAAUAAAAGCAGCUAAAACUGACAUCAGGUCAUAAUGAAAAAGGGAAAAUGUUAAUCCAAAGCAGUAAUGUAAAUAAUAUGUGUAAUAGAAUGUACAAAAACAAGAGGUGGAUAAUUUAUUACUAUUUAUUGAGAACAAAUGUAGGUUUCAUAGAUAGACUAUAUACUGUACUGUAGAUAUUGCAUGGCUUUUUGUAAUGGUAGCAACAUACAGAGCAUUGUGUACAUACAUAAUACAUGUACAGCAUAGGGUAAAGAAGGUAUUUAAUUCGAGAGAAAGAGAGAGAGUGAGAGAGAGAAAAAGAGAGAGAGAGCAAGAGAGAGAGAGAGAUAGAGAGAAAUAGACCUAGGAAGUACUAUGUUUAUGUAUAUUUAUAAUAAAUUUCGUGUUCACUCACCUAACACAGCAAAACUCUUCCUAUUCUACCCUCCCCCAAGUUAAGUGUUUGUGAUUCCUGUAACAACUGUGAGAUAACGACCAUUCAUCACAAUGCCACUCCGAGACCAGACCUGCGAUCCCCAGUGACCGCAGACCUUAUGGCCUGGGAGCCCUCCGAGGGAAGGCAAACGGGUCAAACAUGGCAAGAGACAGGCAUGGAAAGAAAGGAACAAAAGUAACGUAUGUUCUGUUGCUAUAGACGGAAAGCUAUGGGGAACUGUUCAUAAUCACUGCUUUUAGAGUUAAAGAAGAACACUUGCAUUCCACAGACACAAUAGAAGAACAAGGCUCUCAUCACCUCUUUGACAAAAACCAGAUAUAAUCAAAGCAUAGUCUGUUUUACUUUAACAGUUGCGUCUUUGAGCCAAAUGGAAAUAUAUACAGUUGCCUUAUUUUGGUUUGAUGAAUUGAGCAUGACUUUACGGUGGGACCGGUAGAGCACAUACUGAACACAGUGAUCAAAAUAAUGACAAAUAUUGUUUUACACCUGAGUGAAUCCUCAGAGGUCAUGUUUCCAUAAAGAAGUGAUUGAAUCAAACUAAAUGAAAAUGUUGAAAAUUGUUGUAUUAUCAAAUUGUCUGUUUUUAA